UGGUGAACACAUGAAUGGACCAGUGCAAUGACUUCUUCUUCGUCGUCGUCUUCCCUUUCUCCUUCUUGCGCCCUAGUAAAAAGCGACGCUCAUUUGUAUACUAUUUGUAUUCUGUUUGCGCCUGCUGGGUGCACAGAAAAUGUGCCGUUCGUGAGCGCGUCACGAGACUGUGGAUGGAUGGAGGUUAUAUUUAGACUCUGAGAGAAAACGGUGGGGUUGGGUGAUUCCUCUCAAGGAGUUUUGUCAAGGACCCGCUGUUUGAGACUACAGAGCAGAGGAGAGGAGAAGAGAGGAGGAGGAGGGGGUUAUGGACGCUGCUCACAAAUACCAAAAUAGGAUCGAGCUGCCUGCCUGCGACUGUCCUGCGUGAGCUAAAUUGAGGCUCAUGUGUGGUGGAGACGGGAGAGCUUGAGGACAGUGUGGAAGGAGAGACAGAAAAAAAAAAGCUCGAGUCAUUCAUGGAAAUAGGGUAUCAUGUCACAUAAACAAGCCGAAAUCUACACAUAUGACUUCUGUGAUGGUGACCAUCCGGCAGAGCUCUUGGAUGCGCUCAGGCACUUCUACAUUAGCGGGCUGUUUACCGAUGUCGCUCUGCAGUGUGGCGAGUCGGGACAGGUGUUUCACUGCCACAAGGCGCUGCUGUCAGCCCGCAGCUCCUAUUUCAAAGUCAUGUUCACAGCUGACAUGAAGGAGAGAUCAAACAGCGUCAUCAAACUGAGCGGCAUAGACUACGAGGUGCUGGGUGCUCUGGUGGACUAUGUGUACACUGCUCAGGUGUGCAUCACUGAGAGCAACGUACAGAGCCUGCUGGAGGCUGCAGACCUGCUGCAGUUCGUUCCUGUGAAGCAAGCAUGUGAGGAGUUUCUCAUUCGCCUCCUGGAUGUGGACAACUGCCUGGGCAUGCACGCUUUCGCUGAGCUGCACCUGUGCCCUGGGCUGGAGAGGGAGGCACGCAGAGUGAUGCUGAGCAGGUUCCCGGAGCUCAUUCGGCAGGAGGAGUUUCUAGAUCUGCACCCUGAGAAGAUGAGAGAAGUCUUGGCUGUACAGAGCCUCACUGUGCAGAAAGAUGAAGUGUUGAUAGAUGCUGUCGCCACAUGGGUAAACCAUGACUUAGAUAAUCGCAUGCACCACGUGUCAAUUAUGCUACACUCCAUCCAUCUGGAUCUGGAUGAGAUUUACUUUAAGACCACGUUAGACGUGUAUAGACAAUACUUAAAGAAGAAUGAUGGGAAAUUGAAAUCUAUAAUCAUCCAGGCUUUAAGGUCAAAUGGAAAAGAGAUACCUGCGGCUAGAAAAAUGUCUGCCAACAUGUAUAUCAUUGGAGGGUACUAUUGGCACCCUCUUUGUGAAGUCCACAUCUGGGAUCCUAUCAGCAACACAUGGGUGCAAGGAAAGGACAUGCCCAACCAUGCAAGAGAGAGCUACAGCGUCAGUUUACUUGGUGCAAAUAUCUAUGUGACAGGUGGCUACAAGACAAACACUGUUGAGGCCCUGGACACUGUUUCAAUUUAUAACUGUGACUGUGAUGAAUGGACUGAGGGCUGCCCCAUGAUUACAGCCAGGUACUACCAUUGCUCUGUGGCGUUGCACGGCUGCAUCUAUGCCAUCGGAGGCUACCGGGGAGGAGCUCCAGAACGAGACACCGAAUUUUAUGAUCCUUUAAAAAAGAAAUGGUUCCCUGUGGCCAAAAUGAUCCAAGGUGUAGGAAAUGCUACUGCGUGUGUAAUGGGAGAUAAAAUCUAUGUAACCGGAGGUCAUUAUGGCUACAGAGGAAGCUGCACCUAUGAAAAAACACAGGUGUACAGACCAGAUGUCAACGAGUGGAGCAUCAUUACAAUAAGUCCCCAUCCAGAGUACGGGCUGUGUUCUGUGUCUCUCAACAACAAGCUGUAUGUGGUGGGUGGACAGACGACGAUUGCCGACUGCUACGACACAGAGAGAGACGAGUGGAGACCGAUAUCGGUGAUGAAGGAGAGGAGGAUGGAGUGUGGGGCCGUGGUAAUAAAUGGUUGUAUUUACGUAACAGGUGGAUACUCGUACUCCAAAGGGACUUACCUUCAAAGCAUCGAGAAAUAUAACCCUGAGCUGGACUCGUGGGAGAUAGUGGGGACUCUCCCCAGCCCGACCAGGUCACAUGGCUGUAUUUGUGUUUAUGGUGUUUAGUGACACAAAUUUUUGUUUACUGAUUAUUUUGUGCCAAAUGGAUCUAACAGUGACUCCACUGAAGAGAGCUAAUAUUCCACACUUCAUAUUUAUCUCACAGCAUGUCAGCCUGCACCAGAUCCUUUAGGAAGCUAUUUGCCAAACUGUGAAUAUAGUGAUGAAUACCAGCUUUUCAUACAAAACUCAGGGGCCUCAUGUUGAGCGUUUUUUGUUUGUUUGGUUGUUUGUUUAAAAUAGACUGAAAAGAAAUGCAAAAAAAGAGAAGAUGACAUUUUAUAAUCUAAUAAGUAUUAUUUAAAAAUCACACUACAAAUAGACUUUUAUUAGUAGAGGUGUACUAGGUUGUACCUUGAUUAAAUAAAGUACUAAAAUGCUAAUAAAGUUCUGUUUGAGUUCACUGAA